GCCAUGUCGGACACUGCAGCCUGUCGCAUCCUGACCGUUUCAUCCACCACCGAGCAGGCGCGCAAGUUUAUCGGACGCCUCAAGGCGCUCUCCGACGAUCCGAGCGAGGUGCCCGAAGAAGGCCCAGUGCCUUGGACGAUAACGAACAGGUAUUACACGGCGGACGUUCAUUUUGAGCCGAUUGCCUUCGAGCAGUGGAGCUCCUAUCAUGCUGAAGGAGUACCGGCGGUCAUUUACGUCUGGGCACACGGCGAGCCUUACAAGGAACGAGUUCCACUAGUUGCGAAGAGACUGGAGGACCAUGACCCCGAAGUGUCCCUUGCUGUCCGUAUGGGUGGCGAGUCCCAGACUGGGACUGACACGGACGAAGGAGUGGACGAAUUUAUCGCGGGUCAUGGCUUUGAAUUCAUCAACGGAGACUCGAGCGCCUCGCAUUCGGAUGACGCCCUCACUGAUCAUCGUGAAUCAGGCAUCCCAGGGCUUCCACGCGUCGUAGAUGCACUGAGCACCAUAAUGUGGCCAUCCAUGGUCCAAACACAAGCGACUCGAGACCGCAAGAGCCGUGCUCACGACCUGCUCGGAUUAGCAAGCAGAGAUGAGGAGGCCGACGGCCUCCGGUCGCUUCUGAAUGCGGACGAUACGCAAGAGGAUCAGGACACGCGAAUGAAGAAAGAGAUGGAAGAUCUCGCUAAAUGGCUGGAAGAAGACAAUCCUUGGAGUACCGAUGUAUCUACCAGUGCUGGGCGAACGCCCACGGGCGAUUCUGCAUGGCCAUCUGAAGAGGCCAACGAUGACAACAAGGCCGAGUUCCUCACAACAUUCGAUAGCAUUGAUACAGGAUCUCUCAGUGGGAUGCACACACCCAAGACACACUCUUCCUGGCCGUCUCAUGCUGCAGAAGUGGAGAAGGAUCUGGUGCUUGCGGCGGACGGCGGCGAGUUUCUUUCUGGCUUCGACGACGACUUCAGCGCCUUCGUGUCUGUCUCUGCACCAACGGAGUUCGAUGCGGGGGAGUCUUCCGACGCGUCUACGAGCUUCGAGGCAAAGCGCCUCGUCCCCAUGCACACCGGGGCAUCAUACCGUUCGUUAGCUUCAGACUUGGGAGAGGGAGGCCCCGACAAGCCGGACUGGGGUAACGACGAGGGUGAUGAGGAUUUGCCGUCGCGAGCUGAGAUAGAAGCUACUUCCAGACGGAUCUUCGGUUCCCUCCCAUCCUCGAUGGACCUCGCGUCAAGCGAGGGCAAUCCUGAGUCAAUGCCUGGAUCGUCGGAUAGUGGACAGGACUACGAUAUGUCGGCAUUCGAUUUAUCGAGGGUCGUUGGUGCAUUGCAGGUGAUGAAGGAGGAGAUCGCUGGGAUGGAUGAUGAGGACGAGAGAAGACGAGCGGCGGCGAGGGUUGCACUUGGUUUGGUAUAUGGAUUAGAAGCCCAGAAAGCCAACGAUCCGAAGCAGGAGCAGGAGCAGGAGCAGGAGCAGGAGCAGGAGCAGGAGCAGGAGGGAGACAGACGUGCUGAACCGGAAGAGACACACUAGGCCACCUUACUCUAUCAUGCAGUUUAUUGGGUUAAUCGACGGAUGGCAUUUACUUCUCGAAACGGUAUCAAGGUGGUAAUGUAACAGUUGUGUGCACUGCUACACAAUACACGUGGUUGAGGGCCAUUGGCGGUAGAUUUAAGACUUCGCUCUUCA